UAGUUGAAUGGCGCAGCGAGAGGUUGUACGACUUUGUAGUUUGUAUCCGCUUUUAGUAGUGUGUCAAGCGUCCUCGAAUCGCAUAGUUUUGUGUUAAGCUGUGAUUGCAAUAAAAAACGAACUACAUAUAUUUUAUUCAAAAAAAUGUGCCAAUAGUUUGUUAUCUCUGAAUUUUCAUAAUGGGUUCGAAAAUUGAAUACGUGGAUUCAUCACAUUUGUACGCUACGAACUACGUCCGUAAUUCGAAAGCGAUUGGUGUACUUUGGGCUAUAUUCACGAUUUGCUACGCGAUUAUAAGCGUUGUCGCGUUCGUUACUCCGGAAUGGAUCGGUGAUUUGGAAACAGAGUACCCAAGGAAGUUUGGUUUGUGGCAGAUAUGCAGAGCUGAUGAAUCUGUAGAGGACUGUAAAGGACGACUCGAUGAUUUUAUGUCAAUAAACGGUUUCGUGUUCAAAGUCGCGACAGUGUUAGUGGGAGCUGCGGUCGCUUUGGCCUUGUUUACGAUAUGCGCCAUGCUCUUGUUUUUCUUCUGUCAGUCAACGACAGUUUUUCACAUAUGCGGAUGGCUUCAACUACUCUCUGCUGUAUGCAUGAUUGGAGGCGUGGCGGUGUACCCCGCCGGGUGGAGCGAAACAGCCGUGCAGGAGACGUGCGGGCCCACGGCAGACCAGUAUAAUAUUGGUCGCUGUCACGUCCGCUGGGCCUACCUGCUGGCUGUGAUCGGAUGUCUCGAUGGUAUAGUACUCGCAGCCCUCGCCUUCAUACUGGCGACUCGACACGUCAAGUUACAACCAGACACCGCCUAUCCCACGUCUUCUCUAUAUAAAGGUGAAGUGAACAACGCGUACGUGACAGACGCGACCUCGGUGUCGGGCUCCAGGAAGUCGCUCGCCCUGCAACCCGUGCUGCUCAUGCACCCGCACGCGCCGCUCGACGUCGACUCGUACUCGCACUACUCCGGCCGCACCGCGCGCUCCAAGCACGGCCUCUACGCCAACACCAUGCACAACUACCAACUCUAACCAAGUCGUCUUGACGCUCGCCGCUAGGUGGCGCUGAUCGAUUACUUGAAGUAGUUUUAUAUUUGACUAAUAGAUGGCGUCCCAAAUGUUAAGAGCAUCUUGCCAAAUUUUUACCCUAUAUUGGAUAAUGCUCAAUGAAAGGUCUAAUUAAUUGCAUAUUUAGAAACUUCUAACUAUAUUUUUAGAUAUUUGUUCUUAGUACCUUAAAGUAAAUAAUAUUUAAAUUGUAAUAUACUAUUGUGUAAUGUAAAUAGAUUAUCAAUUUUCUUAUUAAAUUAGUAUUUAGUAAUAUAAGAUAAGAUUAAACAACAAAUGUACAACGAUGUUACUUGUGCCUUGAAAUUAUUAAAUUUU